AAGUGUCCCACUAUUUCCUCCUAUAUAUCUCAGAUCCUCCUCUGAUCAAAACUCUAACAAGGCCUUUGACUUGUCAUUCAUCUCUCCACUAAUUACUUCUCUAGUGGUCAUGUACCAUCCGUUCAGGAAGACCAUGGCAAUAAUGGCUGCACUUAUGCUUCAGUUGUGCUUGUUCAUGGAAGUUGACUCAUAUUCUUCUCAUUCUGACAAGAUUACAAGGCUUCCUGGACAACCCCAUGUUGGCUUUCAACAGUUUUCAGGUUAUGUAAGUGUGAAUGAUGAUGAUAUGAAGCAUAAAGCUCUUUUCUACUACUUUGUUGAAGCAGAAAUAGAUCCAGCUUCCAAGCCUCUUGUCCUCUGGCUGAAUGGAGGGCCUGGUUGUUCCUCUUUGGGAGUCGGUGCAUUUUCUGAAAAUGGACCCUUUAGACCAAAUGGGGAGAUUCUGGUUAGAAAUGAGUACAGCUGGAAUAGAGAAGCAAAUAUAUUAUAUCUAGAGACACCAGUUGGAGUGGGGUUCUCUUAUUCUACUGAUAGCUCAGCCUAUGUGGCAGUGGAUGAUGAGGCAACAGCCAAGGAUAAUCUUGCAUUCUUGAAACGCUGGUUGAACAAGUUUCCCCAAUACAGGAAUAGGGAUUUGUUUAUAGCAGGGGAAAGUUAUGCAGGUCACUAUGUUCCUCAACUUGCAAACCUUAUCAUUGAAAUCAAUAAAAGGGAGAGAGUAUUCAAUCUAAAAGGAAUUUCUCUUGGCAAUCCUGUUCUGGAAUUUGCCACUGACUUAAAUUCAAGGGCUGAGUUCUUUUGGUCUCAUGGGUUAAUAUCCGAUUCAACAUACAAAAUGUUCACUACUUCUUGUAACUAUUCACGGUAUGUGAGUGAGUAUUACAGAGACACAGUGUCAUCUGUUUGUUCAAGGGUUAUGAGCCAGGUGACCAAAGAGACAAGUAGAUUUGUAGACAACUACGAUGUCACUCUUGACGUAUGUACUUCAUCUGUAUACUCACAAUCCAAAGUUAUUAGUCCCCAGCAAGUAACUGAGAGCAUAGAUGUAUGUGUGGAAGAUGAAACUGUGAAUUACUUAAACCGAAAAGAUGUGCAAAACGCUCUCCAUGCCCGGCUUGUUGGAGUUCACAAAUGGCUUGUUUGCAGCAACAUCCUGAAAUAUGAGCUGCUCAACCUGGAAAUUCCCACAAUCUCUUUGGUUGGAGAACUUAUCAAGAAUGGAAUUCCAGUCUUGGUUUACAGUGGAGACCAAGAUUCUGUAAUUCCACUGACUGGGAGCCGCACCUUGGUUCAUGGACUGGCAAGGGAACUGAGCCUGAACACUACUGUCCCUUACAGGGUUUGGUUUGUGGGGAAGCAGGUUGGUGGGUGGACUCAAGUUUAUGGUAACAUACUAUCAUUUGCCACCAUUAGAGGUGCCUCUCAUGAGGCUCCAUUCUCACAGCCAGAGAGAUCACUCAUGCUAUUCAAGUCAUUUCUUGAAGGCGAACCUCUACCAAAUACUUUUGACUAGUUAGUUGAUUUUGACCAAUGAACUUUUUGAUGAAGUGAAAGGAGUAAAUAAAGAAAUGGUGUACAUGUGUUUGUUCAUGUGGUUUUGUUAAUGUAAUUGAUGCUGCCUCGGAGAAACUUUAUACAUAGAAAGUGUGAAAGAAGGAGAACAAAUAAUUCCCCCGGCCCCUUUUCCCCUUAUAGAUAAGGUAGCAUUUGAAUGUUGAAUCGGUUCAUUGAUGAUUGCUUAAGCAAGAU